UAUUUCGGAGGAAAACGGAAACAGGAGGCUCCCCUGGCCUUUAUUUUGAAGGUGUAAACCGGAAGCCGCAGCACUGUGUGUGACUUCACUUGUUCAGAGUUUCUCCUCCCAGAGACGCUCCGGACUUCACCGGGACCUGCAGAGACUGCGACACACCAGAGACCACAGACCGGACCAGAACCAGGAGCAGAGACCACAAACCGGACCAGAACCAGGAGCAGAGACCACAAACCGGACCAGAACCAGGAGCAGAGACCAGCUGGGAUCGGAUCAGAGAUGGACGGAUGGUGCCGGUCCCUGUUGUAGGUCCGUGAUGGCCUUGCUUGUUCCUGAAUGUGGAGACAAAGUCCGGUCCAGACUCCAUGUUGGUCGUCAUGGCCUUGCUGGAUGGAAGCACGUCGGUUGAGACGCUUCUAGUCGCGAUCCACCUGGAGAGGUAUCUGGACACCUUCCGUCGAGGCGGUCUCCUAUUGGCUAGAGACUUCACACACCUGGACCAUGACGCCUUGGUCAGCCUCGGUAUAACCGCCACUGGACACAGGAAAAGGAUCCUACGAUUGGUCAGUCACAUUCAGAGGCUCGAGGCUCAGAGAGCCAAUCAGAAGGCAGAUCUCCCGCGUGACCGCUGUCAGUCUGUUUCAUCAGAGUGGGUUCGCUCGUCACCGCUCGGACCCUCGGUUAACUUUGAGGCGUACAGGAACAGCUCGGCUCCAAACCUCGCCGCCAUGCUGACCAACUCUGACAGCGGCAGACCUGUGGUGAAGCCGGUCCCCAAACCCAGAACUGUUUUCAACCGCCGCAGGACAGCACCCAUCCACUUCUGCCCAACACCGGACCCUGCACCGCCCCCACCCAGGAGGCUUUCCCAGGAGUCCAUCUGUUUCACUGUCUUAGAGGGUUUGACCUUAGGGGACACGCCCACACCUGAUGACAGGAUAAACGCCGACCUCAACAACAAGUCGGCCACGCCCAGCCGAAGAGCGAGCCAGGUGGAGAGGAGGAGGCCCAGUCGUAGUUUGUCUCUGUCUGACGCUGGAGGGGUGUUACCUCCUGUUCCCCCAAGGCUGAACCACAGGGUUUCCACCACCAUCUUCCAGGGGUCCCCGCCCUCUACAUCGUCCUCUUCACCUGUGCAAACAGAGCAGACACUUCCUGUGACUUCCUAUUCUGGUUGUCUUGACAACAGCCGACUCUCUGGAUCCUCGUCAUCUGGUUCACCCCGAGGUGGUGGGAUGGAGAUGGUGUCUAAUGAGAUCUACUGGGGCACCUUACCUGGCUCUACUGCCCCCAGUGGAGGGAGGAGUUAUUGCACCCAGCAGUCAGCUCCUCCAACUCCACCCAGACAAACACCUGAGAGGAACCCCGAGAGGAACAGUGGCAGCACUUUAAGUAACAACUCUUCAGGAUCAGCCCAAGCUUCAACAGACGACCCCGAGGAGGAGAUCAGUCCAUACUGUGAAACUGUUUUCCAGACCAGAAGAAAUCUCCCGUUUGAGAGUGAACGAAGCCGACUGGAGGACAUGAGGAGGAUGGAAGAGAAACAUGCCGAGGAUCAUGGGUGUCCGAAGUUCACCUGGACGAAGCGUUUGUCUCAGGCUCUUCACUCCGGAGACUCUCAGGGUUACAGCACCGUCGGAGAACCUCCACCCCCCAUCCGCUACCUCUCCCUGCCCCCCCACACCUUCCCCUUAGAGGCCGAUGAGGACUUGACCAUCUCGCCCUACGCCAGCUACACCUCCCUGACCGAGAGAGCCCCACCCAUCAUCAGUGGAUGGCUGGACAAGCUAUCUCCACAGGGGAACUAUGUAUUUCAAAAGCGUUAUGUGAAGUUUGAUGGAAAGAACUUGAUGUACUUCGGCAGUGAGAAGGACGUCUAUCCUAAAGGAGUCAUCCCGUUGGCUGCCAUCCAGAUGGCCCGCCCAGCCAAAGACAACAAGUUUGAAAUUGUGACGAGUCAGCGGAUCUUUGUGUUCAGGACCGACAAUGAAGUGCUGCGGCGGCGGUGGGUCUCCACGCUGCAGGAACAUGUCAGAGAUCAGCUGGUGUUCGGUCAGCGCCGGUUUGGACCCGGGUCACACUGUCAGAAACACGGAGCACUGGAACUAAAAGGAACCAAGAACAAAGUGUACGCCGCCAUCAACACAGAGCAGAUCUGGAUCUACAAGAGUGAACAGUGUUUUCGUAAUGGAAUCGGGAUCACACUGAUUGAUGCUCGAGGAGCAACGAUCAGAGAUGGAAAACACAAGAGCUUCGACCUCAUCACGCCAUACAAAACCUUCAGCUUCACAGCAGAGUCGGACAGAGAGAAGCGGGACUGGAUGGAAGCGCUGCAGGAGUCCAUCGCGGAGACUCUGUCAGACUACGAGGUGGCCGAGAAGAUCUGGUCCAACCGGUCCAACAGGAUGUGUGCCGACUGCAAGGCCCUGAAUCCAGACUGGGCCUCCAUCAACCUGUGUGUGGUCAUCUGCAAGAACUGUGCAGGUCAGCACAGAGGUCUGGGGACGAUGGUCUCGAAGGUCCAGAGUCUGAAGCUGGACACCAGCGUGUGGAGCAAUGAGAUCGUCCAGCUGUUUAUUAUGCUCGGGAAUGACCGGGCCAACGAGUUCUGGGGGGCCUGGCUUCCUCCGUCCGACGAGCUGGACUGUGACGCCUCACCUGAACAGAGGAGAGAAUUCAUCACCCAGAAGUACAGAGAGGGCCGGUACCGCCUGACCCACCCCGACUUCAGCAACCAGGAGGAGCUGCUCAAGGUCCUGUGCUCGGCUGUCUCUGAGCAGACUCUUCUAAAAACUGUCACUCAGAUUUUCUCGGAGGCGGAGUCAGCUCGCCUCACCAAUGACGCCAACGGCGACCAACAACAUCAUCAGCUGGACCACUGCAGCAUGUCAGACCCAAGUGUGUACGAUGAGAUCAUGCAGCCCGUCCUUCACUCUGGGUAUCUCUACAAGUCCAGCUCGGUCCACAGAGGAACUCUGUCCAGGAAGACCCGAGACGACUUCCAGAAGUUUUGGUGUUCGGUGGAUCAGUCUCUGCUGUUCUACGAGUCGGACCGGUCCGCUGAGCCCUGCAUGCAGAUCAGCGUUAAAGACAUUGUGUGUUUGGGCGUCAGUCGACCUGACACAUCUAACAACAACAACGGCUUCAUCGACAGGUUUCGUUACACCUUCGAGCUGUAUUUGACUUCAGAGAAACUUUAUCAGUUUGGUUUGGAGACGGCGGAUACUCUGCACAGCUGGACCAAGUCGAUCGGGAAGGCUGUGACCCCCCUCAGCUGCCACUGCCUGCUGACCCGGGAGUUUGAGCGCGUCGGCCUGCUGCGGUACCGAGCCAUGUUGGACCCUCAGCAGUGGAAGGAGGCUUAUUUUGUUUUGCAGAAGUCCAACCUCUUCAUCUGUCCCCGAAACGACGGAGCAGCGGAGGACAUCAUCAACCUGAACCGUCUCCAGGAGCUCAGUAUAGCCUCAGAGACCGAGAACCACGAGAAGAAAGACAUCCUGGUUUUGGUGGAGAAAGGAAGGACGCUGCACCUUCAGGGGAUCGGACGCACGGACUUCUCCCUGUGGUACUCGGACAUCCAGCGAGCGGCCGGCGGGAAAGGAAACACUCUGAGAGAGCAGCAGAUGAGCCGCAACGACAUCCCCAUCAUCGUGGAUAGCUGCAUCGCCUUCAUCACGCAGUACGGUCUGGGCCACGAGGGGAUCUACAGGAAGAACGGGGCCAAAUCCAGGAUCAAGCUCCUGAUGGAAGAGUUUCGCAAAGACGCUCGAAAUGUCAAGCUGAGGAUCGGAGACCACUUCAUCGAGGAUGUGACAGACGUCCUGAAGAGGUUCUUCAGAGAGGUGGACGACCCCAUCUUCAUGGCCGACCUCCACCCGCUGUGGCAGGAGGCAGCCAAAACCCCUCAGAGGAGUCAGAGGUUGGACCGCUACAAAGAGAUCAUCCGGAGUCUCCCUCGGGUCAACAGGACCACGCUGGCUGCUCUCAUCAGUCACCUCUACAGGGUCCAGAAGUGUGCUGGUCUGAACCAGAUGUGCACCAAGAACCUGUCGCUGCUGUUUGCUCCCAGUCUGUUCCAGACUGACGGGAAAGGAGAGCACGAGGUGAAGAUCGUCGAGGACCUGAUUGACAACUACCUGUAUGUCUUCGAUAUCGACGAGGACCAUCAGACUCAGAUCGAGCUGGAAAUCAGCCUCAUCACGACCUGGAAGGACACUCAGCUCUCUCAGGCCGGUGAUCUGAUCAUUGAAGUCUAUCUGGAGAUGAAGAUACCGGACUGCUGCAUCACCCUCAAAGUGUCACCUACCAUGUGUGCCGAGGAGCUGACCAAUCAGGUUCUGUUCAUGAGGAACGUCCCGGCCGGAGACAAAGAUGUGUGGAUGACGUUUGAGGCCAUUGAGGACGGACAGCUAGAGCGUCCGUUACACCCCAAAGAGAAGGUUCUGGAGCAGGCUCUGCAGUGGUGUAAGAUGGCCGACCCGAGCUCGGCGUACCUGGUGGUGAAAAGGGUUCCUAAAGGAGAUGGCAUCAACAUCCUCACCUCAUAUAAGGCUGAGAUCAUGAAGAUCGGCCUGUUGAAGUGUCGUGAAGAACCGCCGAAGCUUCUUCAGGGGAACAAAUUCCAGGAGAGAACGUUCCAGAUCAAAGACCACAAACUGCUGCUGCUCAAAGACAAGAAGAGCAUCAAACCAGAGAAGGAGUGGUCUCUGAAGUCCAUGAAGAUCUACAUCGGCAUCCGCAGGAAACUGAAGGCUCCGAGCAGGUGGGGGUUCACGGUGAUGUCAGAUAAACACCAGCUGUUUCUUUGUUGCAGCUCUGAGCCUGAACUCUGGGACUGGAUCACCAGCUUCCUCAAAGCUCAGAACGAUGACCCAGGUCCUCCGGUUCUGAGGCGUCACUCCUCCUCGGACAUCUCCAAGCAGAAGUUUGGCACAAUGCCGCUGGUUCCGAUCCGAGGUGACGAGAGCAACAGCAGCAUGCUGUCGGCCAAUCAGACGCUGAGAAAAUUACACGACAGACGGACGCUCUCCAUGUACUUUCCCAUGAAGGUUCAGCAGGACUCGUUCGAGGAGCGUUCUGAGUCUCCGGACCUCCCGGAGCCGCUCUAUGAGGAGGUCGGGGACUUCGGCCUGCAGGUCCUAAAAUCUCUGGAGACCAGCUUCCUGUCCAGCAGCGCUGCAGAGACCCAGGAAGUCCCAGACCACCCACCACUCAGACUAGUUCCUGUGGAGAGCGUACCUGGGGACCACAUGAUCGUCUCCGACCCAGUCCAGAUCGGCUCGGUGGACCCUCUGGAGCAGAGUGAGGGAGGUGAAGGAGAAGCAGACUCUCCGGACUUGAAUGCCCCCCGCCAGCCUCCUGUGAGGAGGAGGCAGCAGCUGCAGGGAGUCUGUAGUCCAUCACAGGAGCUGCUCCUGCAGGAGCUUUCAUCAGCCUUCACCAAGAAGACCGAGGAGGAGCAGGACGAGGAGGAGGAGAGGCCGUACGAUGUCUGAGACAACGUUCUUUAAAAUGAUCCGGGUCCGGUGGUGACAGGAUUCUAUGAAGAACUCGGUUUCCUUCAGACUCUGCAGGUUUUAGAUGAACGUGGACCCUGAUGGACCCGACCGCUCUCUGUCCACUGAGCGGGAAUCAAACCAUCGACUCUGACAGAGAACAGUGGACACUGUGAUUGGCCGAGAGGUCGUCUGACAUCACUGGGGACUCAUAUUUGAUACCAUUAAUAGAUGUUUGUAUUUUAUUUCAUUAACUCAUGAAAAGCUCAGCGGGCGCGUAUGACAUCACUUCCUGUCACUAUGUUACUCCAUAGAUAUAUGAUGUCACGUCUUCAUGUCAAAACCUGCUGCCUACAUUACCCAUGAUGCAUCUCAAACACCUCUGCUUGUAGACUCUGAAACUCUCGUUAGAUCUGAACCCAUGUGAUGUUUAAAUUCUGCCAAAUACCAAAGGCCCUGAUCCUGAUCCUGAACUUUCCUGAUCCUGAUCCUGAACUUUUCUGAUGAAUCCAAACUGACUGAAAACUGAAAAUAAUAAAACAAACUUAUAAUCAGUCAGUUUUGUGUAAAAAUAAAAGUAAAACUUCUGGUUUCAUGCGGGACAUGAACGCUGGUAUUUGGGUGGAUGUCAGGGUGGAGGUCUGAUCCAUUCAUCCACCAUGGAUCACCUCCAUGUGCGGACUCGACUGCAGACGUUGAGAAUAUUUUGAAGGCGUUAAAAUCUCACAAGAGUUUCACAAAUCUCAGAUCACAAUCCGACUUGACCUUCGACCUGACUGCCCGACAGCCUUUAUUGUGAAAAACCAAACUCCACCAGGUUUCGCUGGCCAUCGUGGAUACAGGCGGGUGGUCUGAGAUGUGGAUCAGAGUCUGACGGAUGAUCCUGAUGAUCAUCAGUCAGUGAAGUGAAACCACGAGGCUGAGCGGGUUUGUAAACAUAGCUAACAUACAUAUCUGUGUAAUAAUGUGUACAUGUACAUUACAUAAACUCCAUGUUAGCGUGUGGAUGAAGAAACUGGUUCCACUGGUUUUAAUGGUGACACACUGUAAAAACUCUGACGAUGAAUUAAAACACUUAUUUGUAUUUUAACAGUUUCACUGACAUCAGGGUUUAUUUUAGUUUUUAUGUACAAUGACUCUUAUUUUGUAAAGCGUGACAGGAUGUGGUGCUCAGAGUGAAUGGCGGGUGCAACAAUAACGUAAUCACGUGUCAUUAAUACCCCUUUGAAAUAAUUAACCAUUAUUUUUAGAGAUUUUUAGGAAAAAAGGUGAAAAGAUUUUUUAUGUUAAAAGGUUUUAUGUGAGCAGUGGAAUGACUAAAUUAACACAUUUCUCCUGUGCAAUCAUAAAAGUUCUUAUAUAUUAUAUAUUCCAGUUACUAACACUAUGGUAAGUCUCUAAUAUUGCCAUUACAAUGCUCGAUGACAUUCUAGAGCAGGGCCAGUCAAUUCUGAUUUCAGGAAGUCCGGAUAGAGAAUAAUGCUCCCGUUCAGGUUCUGCAGCAUCGUCAUGUUUAAGUUGCAUCAUGUGUGAAGAGUCGGUCACACAGACAAACCAGAAUAUAUUUAAUCUGAAAGUUUCAAACAAGGAGAGAAAUAAGCAAAGACUGACCUCUGACCAGUUAAAGUGUAAAAAGACAAUCAUGGUGCACUUCUACUCCUCCAUCCUCACCUCCUCCAUCCAUCUGGCAUGCUGCACUGUAAACCAGAACUCAAAAGAAAUCGAGGCAAUCGAUUGCCUCAAUUUUUUUUAAUGUUGAUCAACUUCAGUCAAAUUUUUCCAGAACAUAAAAGUUUGGAUUACAUGCUACGUGUAUCUUUUGAUAACAGUUCAAUUAAAGUUCUCAUUAAGUCAACUCAAAUAUUUGUUUUCAAACUACAGGAAUAAGUUCACAGAACUUGAAAAAAGUAGGUACACAACCACAUCAUUUUAUGUUUAUUAGUUUGUGUUGUGUCAUUCUUUUAGUCCAGAUUAGUCAGAGAUGUUGAGUUGGUAUACCUAAAACCAUCUGACUUGUUUUUUCCAGUCGCUUAAACACAGUUUUGCAAACUAGGCUGGUUUUAUCGAAACACUAACACAAUUCACCAAAGCACACACCCAAACUGCAAAAUACCUCAUAGAUCCGCAAAAUGAAGCACUGCAACCAAAAUCAAACUGUUGCACCAGAUGGCACACACUUCAUUCGUAUGACAGAUUUCUGUCUAACCAACUACACACUGUUGGGCAUAAUGAAAAGCACUCUCAUCAGAACAAAUGUGAAAUCAUGGUGAAAAUAAAUGAUGUAAAAU